GACACGCAUGAUCAGCCGGCGUUCGUCGUGUUCUCGUCCACUCAACCUAAAAGUCCCUUUUAUGUCUCCCUUUCGGCUUGAUUAUAAAGAUUGGCCAUCCAACGAGUUAAAAUUAUUUUGUUAAAACAUGGCCAGCAUAAAGGAAGAUUCCACAAGCAAGUGGAAGUUUGUGAUCCUGAUCAGCAAAUUUGUGUUCCAUUUGAUCGUGGCGUCAAUCAAGAAGGUUUUUGGGGUGCUCAUCGACGAAAUGGUAGUCGUCUUCGAUACCGAUGUGGCUAUGCUGGGUUUGCUGUGCAGUGUCCCCGUCGCAUUGAUGCUCGUUGCUUGUCCUAUCAUAGCCCAUCUGCUGGCUCACGGCCGAGGAAGUCCACGUGUGAUUUCACUUGUUGGGAUGACGAGCGGCUUCGGAGCCCUCAUGUUCAGCAGUUAUACAAGAUCUUGUGUUCUGUUUGGAAUAUACAUGACCGUACUGGGUAUCGCAUUAGCAAUGGGCUACAUGACGUGUUGUGUGACGAUGAAUGACUACUUUGCCAACAGCUUCGUUAUGGUAAAUACUUUGACUGAGAUUGGUAGCUCUGUGGGAAUCCUCUUCAUCCCUAUCCUGAUAGAGCGGUGCGAACGGGCGUACGGGUACUGCGGGGCUAUGCUAAUCUUCAGUGCCAUCUUCCUACAUCAGGUAGCCGGAAGUGCCACUCUAAGACCUCCACCUGAACAAAGCGGUACACUACCCAAGAAGAUCGAGUGCUCGAAGGAUAUUGUAUCACGGAGGAGUGGUCAGGUUGGUGCAGGAGCGGUGUCACCCUUUAAAUCAACUCAAAUCAAAAUCAAACUCGGGGCUUGUGAAGGGGAUACCGAAGCUGGAGAUAAACAGGUAAUUGAUGAAUUAAAGGCUACUGGAAAUGGACAGUGUUCCUUGGGUGGAAUACAGCAAAUUAGGCACGAGAGAUGUUUUGAAGGAAGGGACCCAAAACAUGAGAACUCAUUUUGUCUUCCAAGGACUUCAGAAUUCAGCGACGAUGAUUGCAUACACACGGAUACGAUUGAACAAUGUCCACUUAUAAGUGAAGAAAUCGGACUAACCACCAACGGAACAGCCCAAGACAGUUGCCAAACCGAAAGAAAAGAAUUUGACCAGCCCCACUCAAUCACAGGAUUCUUUGUGAACUGCAUAUUCAUUCGGGAACCACUUUUUACUCUGGUUUUACCGGUGUAUUUCCUCACUCAUGUCGGUACAUAUGCCUGGAUGCUCUAUCUUAUACCUCACGCAAAGUGGCAGGGCAUCAGUAGCUCUAAGGCUGUCCUCUUGUCCACAAUCGGAGGCGUCGGCGCGCUACUUGGGCGGAUCUUCCUGACGGUUAUACUCUACUUCGGCGUUGAUCCCUUCGUCAUCAGCUGUAUCAGCAGCGCUGUAGCUUCGGCAACGUUCUUGAUAGAUCCUUGGGUCACUUCCUACCACUUCAUGUGCAUGACUGCGUUUCUGCAGGGUUGGACUUUGUUCAUCAACACUACUAUGCGGGCCUCAAUGUGCAAGAUAACGACCUCAUCACAGAAUUUUACUCUUGGAUAUGGGUACGCUGCGUUGUCAUCUGGCAUUGGAGGGUUAGCGGGCGGCUUUGCAGCAGGUGCUCUCUACGACGCAACAGGAUCAUUCCAAACCGUAUUUCUGUUUCUAGGAGGCAUCCAUGCACUCGUCGUUCUUAAUCUCCUCGUGUAUCUGCUAAUCAUUCAUGUCACUGGAAAUAAGAGCGAGGACAUGGCUACCUAGCUUUUUCGUGUCUGACAAUUCGUGUUUAAUAAACAAGAACUCUGAACUUUA